UAGUGUGGUAUUCCAGAAAUGCAGGGGAAGAAUUUCUUGGUAUUUUUACAAGUUGGCAGGCUUGUUUAAUGAGCUGAUCUGCAGUGCCAGCUCCGGGAAGCACAGAUGUCCCUAUGCUUUGUAAGGUAACAUGCUCUGGAUCCAAACACCAACUGUCGCCCUCAGUCUGUUGUCUCAGAUGAUGGGAGGACUGGAGCUAUUCUCAAAAUACAAAUUGAGAAGGUUUGCAUGGCUCCUGAGUUCAGGUUUCUAUCAGUGUUUCUGUACUAUUGCCCAGACCCAGGGCCUCCCAGCACUCAGCAUGCAUAGUUUCAGAUGUUUAUAGGAGACCUUACAGGUAGGUGAUAGGUGGUCAAGUGCUAUUUUGCUGAGGCAUAGGUUUGAGUUGUAACAGGUUACAAAGCUGCCAUGUGGGAGUGGGUCACUCAGCUUAUAAAUCACAUGAUGGCAACUACAUCUCAUAACAUUAUUGUUCCUUCUUCCUUGUGGGGAAAUUAUAUGCUAUAAGGCUGCAUUUCCCAGGGCACAAUCUAGAGAACAUUUGUUAAGAAGUGUUAGAUGACAGCUAAAAAGUAUUGCUUCAAGUAAUGUUGGAUCAAGCAAAGUUAAAAAUAUCUGUUCUGCAGGGAUCUGCAGGGUUCCAGCUGUGUGGCCUUGAACCAGUCUUCCUGAGCCUUAGUUUCCUCCUCUGUAUACUAGGAUAAUAGUACUGGUACCUACUUCAAACGGCCAUGAUGGGGAUUAAAUGAGAUUACAUGAAGCAUUUAGCAUGUUAUUGAACACGCAGUAGAUACUAGAUAUAUACUAUUUCCUGUCCAGUGAAAAAGGUACAGGUUUCAGGGCGGUGGGAGUGACAUGAGAUAAAUUGUGCGUGUCGGCUGUGAUUUGUCAGAUGCAAUCGAAAGCCAGAUAUGGGGGAAAUCUGUAACAUGUAUCUCUGCAUUGACUCCCCUUCUUUAUGCCUGGAAAGAGAGUUGAUGGCAUUUGCAAAGGUUUCAUCCACUUGCCUCACUGUCCUUAAAACCAAGCUAACCCCUCCUCUUCCUCGGUGGUUGAGCAUCUGCAUGUCAUGAAACUGCACAGGUGGCUCGGUAGGAUUUGCAUUUCAGAAGAGAUGAAUUUAUCCAUGCGCCUCACCUUGCUAAAUGUACUCAUUCUAAUUCGGGGUAUAAAUUGGCAAUGGCGUAAGGCUGCAGAGCACCGAGACUCUGGUUCUAUUUCACGAGCAUAUGUGGACUGAGGACGGUGGGAGUACUCAUGGCAUGUACUGUGUGAAGCCGGGGUGUGCCAGCCUAAAAUAAAUUGUCCUGGGAAAGCGCUACCAUUUUUAAACUCAUCUGGGCUCGAGUCUUUGGCUAGCAUAGCUCUACCACUUCCCCACCCUCAUCUACUCAGUUUAUAAACCUUAGUGGCUGUACUUCUGGAAUAUUGCUCAAAUGUGUCUUCUUUCCAUGUCCACCGCCUGCUCGCUAUGUCAGGCUCCCCAACACUUCUGCCAGUCGCUGCACAGCUUCCAAACCAGUUUCUCUGCCCUUUUCCCCACUCCGUUUGAACUUCGCUCAUAUCAGCUCCAAAACACGCAUUGCUUCACUCUGCCCAUUAAAAUGCCCUUCAAAUGGCUCAUUUUGGCUGUGAAGACUUCCUAUAAUCGUGCCCCACUUUCCAAACCAGUUAGUAUAAACCCCCUGUAUUCUUCCAGAAUUUUAACCUAAGGAUGAGAGGAAAGAAAACAGAUUUACUUCAGACCUUUUUGGUGCUGAGUCUUAGCGUUUUAUACACUACACUCAUCUCACUUGAUGCUGACAUUAACCUCGCGAAGGCAGGAGAGAGAAGAAACAGGCCCAGAGAGGCUAUGUGUUCUCUAUUCUCUUUCAAAUUCACUAGCUCUGUCCUUCCCCAUGCUUUCUAACCUUAGUUAAGACUGCCCUGUGCCUGGAACACCUUUUCCCCCACCUCCGCAUAUCUGUGCGUCCUUCCAGGUCCCUGUCAAAGCCAUCUCCCCUCAGGAAAGUCCUCUUACCCUUCAAAUUAGAGUGAAACCCUCUUAACCGCCAUCAAACUUAGUUUAUAUCUACUUUCUGCCCUGAUUACUACUUACCUUUAUUUUUGUCUCCUUUCCUAAAUUUUGAAUAUCUGAAGGACAGAACUUGUAUCCUGAAAACCUUAGUAUCUAGUACAGUACAGGGUACCUAGUCUUAGAUGGGCGCAUAGGUGAGUAGUUAUGAGGAUGCAUGAAUGGAAAAUACAUGUGUUUUUCUGAUCUAAUGUUUUGCUAAUCAUCAUCAAUUUCUGUUUCUCUGGGUGAUUCCUAGGUCCCCAAACGUAACACGAUUAAAAAGCCUCCAUGCGGUUGCCCACACAGUUCUCUUUGCUUAAUGCUUUUGUCCCUCAUUGCCUUGUUUAUCUCAUGACAUAUCUCAGGAGCGGCAGUGCUUCUGGGACGCUUUCCCCACAGGUAGAAUCUGUUACUGCAUCCACUGUGCUCUGGCAAAACUUCCUGUACUUAAUUUUUGGAUGCCUUUCUCCUAAUACGAAUCAUAAGUCGGGGACAAAAUAUAAAAAUGAUCACCAGCAUUUAUCAAGCUACCACUUGCCAGGUGCUGUACUGAGUGGGUCAUAUUCAUUAUGUUAUUUAACCCUUCCAAAACCACGUAACGUAGGCACCAUUGUUAUUUCAGUUUUAUAGAUGGGUGAUGGGGAAACUGAGCUUUGGGAGGCUUAGAUUACUUCCUUCAGGUCACACACCUAAGUAAGUAUCAGAGACUGGAUGAGUGAUUGUAGGUAUUCUCUAAAUGUUCCUUGAGUGGGUUAAUGUAUCGAGGCACUGGAAUAAUGGGCUCCUUUUUCUCUUUAGCAGAACUUGACCUUGAGGAGCAUGACUGGUAAGCUGUUCCGUUCUGGGCUGUGCUAGCAGGACCCUGCAAAGGAAGAGCGAUGGCCACGGCAGCAGCGGCAGCUUCUCACUUGAACCUGGAUGCCCUCCGGGAGGUGCUGGAAUGCCCCAUCUGCAUGGAGUCCUUCACGGAGGAGCAGCUGCGGCCCAAGCUCCUGCACUGUGGCCACACCAUCUGCCGCCAGUGCCUGGAGAAGCUGCUGGCCAGUAGCAUCAACGGGGUCCGCUGUCCCUUUUGCAGCAAGAUCACCCGCAUAACCAGCCUGACGCAGCUGACGGACAACCUGACGGUGCUGAAGAUCAUCGACACAGCCGGGCUCAGCGAGGCCGUGGGGCUGCUCCUGUGCCGGUCCUGCGGGCGGCGGCUGCCCCGGCAGUUCUGCCGGCCGUGCGGCGUGGUGCUGUGCGAGCCCUGCCGGGAGGCGGACCACAAGCCGCCCGGCCACUGCACGCUCCCGGUGAAAGAGGCGGCCGACGAGCGGCGGCGGGAGUUUGGUGAGAAGUUGGCCCAUCUGCGGGAACUGGUGGGGGAGCUGCAGCGGCGGAAGGUCGCCCUGGAAGGUGUGUCCAAGGACCUCCAGGCGAGGUACAAAGCCGUCCUCCAGGAGUACGGGCACGAGGAGCGCAGGGUCCAGGAGGAGCUGGCCCGCUCUCGGAAGUUCUUCACGGGCUCGCUGGCCGAGGCCGAGAAGAGCAACAGCCAAGCCGUGGAGGAGCAGAGCUACCUGCUCAACAUCGCCGAGGUGCAGGCGGUGUCCCGCUGCGACUACUUCCUGGCCAAGAUCAAGCAGGCAGAUGUGGCGCUGCUGGAGGAGACGGCCGACGAGGAGGAGCCCGAGCUCACCGCCAGCCUGCCCCGCGAGCUCACCCUGCAGGAUGUGGAGCUCCUCAAGGUCGGCCACGUGGGCCCCCUCCAAAUCGGGCAGGUCGUGAAGAAGCCCCGGACAGUCAACAUGGAAGAUUCCUGGGCCAUGGAGGCUGCGGCCUCUGUGGCCUCUGCCUCUGUUACAUUUAGAGAGAUGGACAUGAGCCCGGAGGAGGCGGCUGCCAGCCCCAAGGCUUCGCCUGCUAAGCAGCGGGUUCCCGAGACAGCCACCAGCAUCCAGCAGUGUCUCUUUCUCAAGAAGAUGGGUGCCAAGGGCAGCACUCCGGGCAUGUUCAACCUGCCAGUCAGCCUCUACGUGACCAGUCAGGGCGAGGUGCUGGUUGCUGACCGUGGCAACUACCGCAUCCAAGUCUUCACGCGUAAAGGCUUCCUGAAGGAGAUCCGCCGCAGCCCCAGUGGCAUCGACAGCUUUGUGCUGAGCUUCCUUGGGGCUGAUUUGCCCAACCUCACCCCUCUCUCAGUGGCCAUGAACUGCCACGGGCUGAUUGGUGUGACUGACAGCUACGACAACUCCCUCAAGGUGUACACCUUGGAUGGUCACUGUGUGGCGUGUCACCGGAGCCAGCUGAGCAAGCCCUGGGGCAUCACAGCCCUUCCCUCUGGCCAGUUCGUGGUGACCGAUGUGGAAGGUGGAAAGCUCUGGUGCUUCACCGUUGACCGAGGAGCGGGGGUGGUCAAAUACAGCUGCCUCUGCAGUGCCGUGCGCCCCAAGUUUGUCACCUGUGAUGCCGAGGGCACCGUCUACUUCACCCAGGGCUUGGGCCUCAAUUUGGAGAAUCGGCAGAAUGAGCACCACCUGGAGGGUGGCUUCUCCAUCGGCUCUGUGGGCUCGGAUGGGCAGCUGGGUCGCCAGAUCAGCCACUUCUUCUCAGAGAACGAGGACUUCCGCUGCAUCGCGGGCAUGUGUGUGGAUGCCCGUGGCGACCUCAUCGUGGCUGACAGUAGUCGCAAGGAGAUUCUCCACUUUCCCAAGGGUGGGGGCUACAGUGUCCUCAUUCGAGAGGGGCUUACCUGUCCAGUGGGCAUCGCCCUCACUCCUAAGGGACAGCUGCUGGUCUUGGACUGUUGGGAUCAUUGCAUCAAGAUUUACAGCUACCACCUGAGAAGAUACUCCACCCCUUAGGGAAUGAGAAAUAGGAGUUUCUUCUGGACUCCAACCAACUUCCCCUCCCUUAUUCCUUGGUUGUCAGCGGUACUGUAGAGUAGACCUGGCCUAUGUCUCCAUCCCAGCUGGCUAGUCCUAGAAAUUUAGAAGCUCUUUCAGUUUUUUUAUUUGUGUUAUUUCCCCCCUAAAUUUAGAGCUUUAUCAGAUGCAUUUCCUCAAACAAGAUCCAUGAGGGGUCAGCUGAAGUCCAAUGAGAACUUAGACACUUCCAAGGCUUCAGUAUAGAGCUUCUGCCCUGUGUUUGAAGUUUGCCCUUGUGUUGAAUGCACCCUUGUUGAUUUUCCUCUCUUGGCUUUGAAGACUCUGGUCUGUUAUUUCCCUCUUAUUACAGUGUUUCAUCUGUGACACCUUCUCUUCAGCUCUGCUGCCCUCAGUGGGGGUGCUCCAGUGGGAUCUGCUCCGUCUUUCCGUGACAGUCGAGACAUCAUAUCCUUGUGGCAUGCUGUCCCAGGUCUGAUCACCUUCACCAGUGCUACAGCUCAUUCAUUCAGUGCCACUGAGGGAGAUACACAGUCCCUUUGGGAAGCAGUUCCUCUGGCCCUGCUCUGGCCCUCUGGGUGUUCUGUUCCAUCUCUGAUUGGUCUCUAAUUGCAGAUGUGACAGAAUGGAUUGACCCUAGUUGGUUGAUGUUGAAGACUUUAGUCUGGAAGUUGCUUGCCUUUUAAAGGAGCAUACGGAUUGGAAUUAUGCCAAAGCACAGGAAGUUGGGAACAGCAAACAUAAAUGCUAAUAUUGUCACAGUAAACACUCUUGGAUAGUCCCUAGAGCUCGUACCUUUUCAUCCCACCUUUCUCCACGGACCUGUGCUGAGAGUUGUGUGUGGAAUUGUACCUUAUAACAUAGGCCAACGCAACAAAGUGGGAACAUGGACGCAUCGCAUUUCAUUAGUGAAACAAAAUUGUCGGGUCCUUCUUCUGUAUUUUCCUCAAGUGAGUGUAUAAUACUGUGUUUCGGGGUUUAUUUCCACUCUAUCAAGCAUUAAAUAAUUGAUAACUGUUU